UCCACCGCCUUGUAGGGAUUAGGGAAGAAGUUUGCCUCAAGAAAACCGUCCACCUUCCAAGAAUCCUAGAAAAGGGGAUAAUCGAACCCUACCAGAGCAAGAACGAGAAGAUGGCUACGGAGAAUGUGGUAAUAGCGGUCAUCAGAGCUUCCCGCCCGUCCUUCCGUAACCCCCACGACAAGGUCGCCUUCGCCGUCCAUGCCUCCUUCCUCGCCGCCGGCUUCUCCCUCACCGCCACCGGCAAGAACGCCUUAUCCGAUAAUCCUCCGAUCGGUGGGGAAGAGGUGGGGAUCGAGGGGUGGAACGAGCUGGAGGACAGCUAUGGUUUCUUGUACUCCAAGACCGAGAAGGGUCAGAAAAAGAAUGUCUUGGUGAGGUGCCUGGUGAUCGGAGAUAUCCUUGCGAUUGACGGCUUGAAUCUUGAGGGAGAGCAGAAGGAACCAUUCAACCUCCAAAUCAAGGUGAAUGAUUACUUGUCUGAUGAUAGAAAUCAGAUGAGUAAUUAUGGGGAGUUGUACAAGGAUUUGAAGGGCCUCGUCAAGAACUUGAAUUUCGGUAUCUUGGCCAAAUUGGAACCCAAGGUUGGGAGCAGUGGUGAAGGUUUGCAUAAAAGUACUGCCGAACCUGCUAUCAGAAUUCCAGUUGAUCAUCAACCUCAAAAUUCAGGUAUUGUAUAUCCUCCUAUUCCACCGUUUGAAUUUAAUGAUGCUUUUCCUGGACCCGGCAGUGGCUUCUAUCCUGAGAGGACCUCUGGUGUGGGUGGUGACAUGCUCGUAGGGCCAAAUGAUCCACGCUGGUUUGGUUCUGGUAAAUUUCCUGGUUCUCUUGGUGGACUUCCGGGUGUGCCACCGGGUGCUCGCUUUGAUCCAUAUGGCCCUCCUGGUGUCCCAGGUUUCGAGCCAGGUCGUUUUGCAAGGCGACCGCGACAGCCUGGGAGUGGUACUCAUCCAGAUGUUCAAUUUUUCCCCAGAGAUCCUGAUUGUAUAUAGGCACCUGAUGGAGCAUCAGAUCCUUUCAUGCACUGAAGUUUUGAUUUUCUCAGAACAUACCCUAACAGUUACAGGUAUUUUAUAAAUAUAAUCGUUGUUUGAUAGAUCAGUUAAUGGCCUGUAACUUGAUGUUUGUACAAGCUACUGUUUUGGUUUGACUUUUUUUGGUUAGUUUAUAGAUGAAAUAGAUGUUUGAGCGAUCCAGUCAAGAACUGUAACCUGAUGUGCGUAUGAGCUCUCUCUUUGUUUUUCCUUGUUUUUUUUCAUUUCCUCCUGGGGGGUUCGCUAAAUUGUCUCAAAGCAAAUCUCUCAUCUUUUUUUUU